AUGGAUUCUGUUGUCGACAAACUCCAGAAUGGCAUUCAGGAAGGAAACGAGUUGCUCAGAGAUAUCAAAAAUAACGUAGGAAAUGAUGAUAUCCGUCAAUUUGAGCAAGCUGCAAACGAGUACGUCGAUUUGUACACAAAAGCAAAACUAUAUGAGACAUUACAACAGGAUAAAACUAUACAACCCUUCAAGAAGAGCGAAUUGGAUCAAGCCCGUGACCAAAGACAAAAAAUUGAACAAGAAUUACAAAAAAUUCAAAACGAUCGAGUAAGAAAUGAAAUGACGGCAGAUGAAUUCCAAACCUUAAUAUCACAAUCUAAUUCUAUUUUAAAGCAACUUAAAGACAAAAUACCUUCAUCCAAUACAACAGACUAUAAUCGUUUAGUAGAAAUCUGCGAUAAAGAGAUCACUGAUCUUAAAAAGAGUUCUGCAGAGUAUGAGUGGUAUGAAAACGCUUAUAACAAGCUUUCCGAAUUUACAAAUAUUGAAGUCAUCUCGGAAAAUAAAUACAGACUGAAAAAGAAAUAUAUCCUUAACAUAUACCAAACAAAGGUUGAACUAGAAAAGAAAGAUGUAUUUGUUAGUGAUAUAUCUCCAGAUGAAGAUUCAAUAGGAGUUUGCAUUGCUCAAGUAAUGGAGAGAUUGAAUGCAUAUGAAAAAAUCACUGCUGCUGCUAAUAGAUUAGGCUGGAGCUGCGAACCUGCAAGAGAUUCACCUUUUGCUAUUUUAAUUAAUGAAUCAGGAUGUCCAGCAAGAGUUUCAUUAUUCGGAAAUAAUUACGAUGUACUUUUGCAAAUGGAUGAUUCAUCAGAUGAUAGAUUUGAUAGAAUGAAGGGCAAAUGGAGAGUUUAA